GGAGGAGGAGAUGUAAGCUGCCUUGAGCCCUUUGCAGGAAAAAGGCAGGAUAUAAAUUGGUUGGCUGGAAAGCUGUACAGGCCAAACCCCAGCAUCAGCAUCAUAUUAUAUAAACAUUGUGAUGUGAGUGUGAUGUUUUGCAAAAGGAUGAAAAUUAGACAUCUCAAGAACUGAGAUGGGCUUAAAAGAGGAAGAAUGACAAGGAGCUUGGAAUUAGUUGUGACUUGCUUUAUAGGGUUCUGCCAAAAUCAAAUGAGCUUGUUCUGUUUCAAAUGUAUUUAUUAUUUAUAUUUAUUUAAAUCUUUUAUAGACCGUCCCAUUAUCGAAGUCUUGGGACAGUUUGACAAUAAAAUGUAAGAAAAGAAAAAAUUAAAUAAAACACAGCAUCCUAAAAUUCAGCAAUAAUAAAACCCCCACUUACUUCACUGUGAUCAAAUAUGGACUUCCUUUUUUUAAGGAAGAAUGUCAGCUGGCAAAUUCAGUUGCCAGAAAGAAAGCACGGGUGGGAAAAGUUUGUAUUCUUUGAUCUUAAUGAGUCACCCACAUACGUGAGACACAAUGGCUUAGCAAGAUGUUUUUAACAAAACCGUGCCCAGGUCAACGGGUUUUCUCUCCAUCUGAUGACUUCCAGUUGUUUUGGACUAUUGAUCCCAUCUUUCCUGAUGGGAGUUCAUGGCCAGCACAUCUGGAGGCGAGUCAAAUUGGGAAAGCGUGUUUAAACUUUUUUGAUAGGACAUGUUGUUGUUUUUUGUAAGCUGCCCAGAGACUCUGGUAUUGGACGGCAUAUAAAAACUUUAAAUAAAUAAACUCCUUGGGGUGCUGGAGAAAUCCACAGCAGAUUCAAAUAAACUCAAAUUUGCCAAGAAUCCGACCUACAGAUUCCACAGUGAGCCCGGUUUUUCUGACUUGGUUAGAUUUUGUACGUGUGCGGACUAUUUUCCUCGGGAAAAGGAGAUUUGUCUGAAUUUGUGCUUGUGCUAACGCCCCUUAGCGCGAGCGUUCAGUUCUGCUGAUGAGCCGUGGGGUUGAUUCGCUCACCUGCAAGCGGAGCAUUUCGGCACAUCCCUGAAAAUGUCUGGUCCUGCCCCUCAGGUUUGCAAAAAGAGGGUUCCAGGUGGACGAAGGGUGAUGCAGAUGGGCUGGCGAUCUAGCAAAGUGUCCGUCUCUUUGUAAUGCUUUGCCCUGCAGUGAGAUCUGGCAAGACAGGCGGCACUGUCCUUCUGAGGAUUUGAGGGAUACAGGUGUGAACUGUGCUUGCCAAGAGAGCCUGCCUCCAAAAAUCUAAGCCAGCUUGCAGCCCCCCCGGCUUGAUAGCACCUUCCUCACCUUGUGGGGUGGUAGGUCUGAGGCCAGUGGGACCGAAGGGUCUGGUGCCGUUUAUCUGUCCUGCGGCGGUCUAGUCUUAAAACACCUCCCCUGCCUCUUUUCCCUUCUUUCGGAGUAUGGUGGAAAAUGAAAACAUCGGUAUCUCCCCCUUGCUCCAUGGCUAAAACAGAAAUGACGAAUUUACAUAUUGCAUUUAGCUUUGAAAUCAAGUUGCAGCAUGAUUUUCAGAGGAGGAUGUGUCACACUCCAGGUAGCAAGCCAGUCCAGAUUGCACACCCACUGGCUUUCCCGGUGCCCUUCAAGGAAAGAGAGGACCAUGGAGAAUGAUCAAGGACCCCAAGGAAAUGGCUCCGCUUAUGGGCAGCAAGAGGACGCACCCGCUCGGCACACCGCCGACGGCUCACCAAGACAAAAGACCGGCCGACCAGCCGAGCACCAAGAAAAGCGGAAUCACCAUGGCGCAUUCCGAUCCGGCUCGGCACACGGUGAAGAACCCGGGCACCCACCCGCCAGGGCAGAUCAGCCCUCGGAAGCUGGCCAGCCAGGUGGCUUCAUGAUCGAUGCCUUCGACAGCCCCGUCACGCCCAGCCGGACGUCGCCGCCCGUCUUCUCCAAGCCCAUGGACUCCAACAUCCGCCCAUGCGCGUCUGCAAAUUGCGAAGACAUGGAUUCGCCGCAGUCUCUGCAGGAUAUGACCGAAUAUACGCCCAACACAGACAGCUGCUGCACCACCUCCUUCCCGAGCGCUCGGCAGAACAAGUAUCAGAAAAAGCUGAAGAAGUACCUGUUUCGGGCAGUGUCAGAAGGCAAUGUAGAAGAACUGCAGAGCCUCCUUGCUGAACUGAAGGAGCGGUCCCUCACCUGCAAGAACCUGACGGUCCAAGACUAUCUGAUGAAGAAAAUGACCUCUUCAGACACAGGCAAGACCUGCCUGAUGAAAGCCUUGUUGAACAUCAAUGAGAACACGAAAGAGAUCGUGCGGAUGUUGCUGGCAUUUGCUGAAGAGAACCUGAUUUUAGAGAGCUUGAUUAACGCGGCUUACACGGAAGAAGCCUACAGAGGGCAGACGGCGUUAAAUAUCGCGAUUGAGAGGCGGCAAUUUGACAUCACCCAGACGCUCAUCGAGAAAGGGGCAGAUGUGAAUGCUCACGCACGGGGGGUCUUCUUCAACCCCAAACACAAGCAUGAAGGGUUUUAUUUUGGCGAAACCCCGCUGGCAUUAGCUGCCUGCACCAACCAGCCGGACAUCGUCCAGCUUCUGAUGGAAAACAGCAAGACGGACAUCAUGUCGCAGGACUCGCGGGGGAACAACAUCCUGCACGCGCUGGUGACCGUCUCGGAGGACUUCCGGACGCAGAACGACUUUGUGACGCGGAUGUACGAUGCCGUCCUCCUCAGGAGCAAGAGCCGAGAACUGGAAGCCACGAAGAACAAGGAUGGCCUGACGCCGCUGCAGCUGGCUGCGAAGACCGGGAAGCUGGAGAUCCUGAAGUACAUCCUCGGCAGGGAGAUCAAGGAGAAGCCCGUCCGGAGCCUUUCCCGCAAGUUCACCGACUGGGCCUAUGGCCCUGUGCAGUCGUCCCUUUACGACCUGACGGAGCUGGACACAACCUGGGACAACUCGUUGCUGGACAUCAUCGUCUAUAACACGAACAUCGGGAACCGCCACGAAAUGUUGGCCCUCGAGCCGCUGCAUUCGCUGCUGCGGAUGAAAUGGAAACGCUUCGCCCGACACAUGUUUUUCCUCUCCUGCUGCUUCUACUUCAUCUACAAUGUGAUGCUGACCUUGAUCUCCUACUACCGGCCCCACACAGAAACGCCCCCUCCAUACCCUUUAGUGCUGACCAGCAACCUGGGCUGGCUGCAGCUGGCCAGCCAAGUGACGGUGAUGCUCGGAGCCAUAUUUAUCGCCAUCAAAGAGAGUGUGGCCAUUGUCCUGCUGAGGCCGUCCGACCUCCAAUCAAUCCUCUCAGACGCCUGGUUUCACUUCGCAUUCUUCAUACAGGCCGUGCUGGUCAUAUUCUCGGUGUGCUUGUACCUGUUCUCCUACAAGGAGCACCUGGUCUGCCUCGUCCUGGCCAUGUCCCUGGGCUGGGCCAACAUGCUGUACUUCACCCGGGGGCUGCAGUCGAUGGGCAUCUACAGCGUCAUGGUUCAGCAGGUCAUCUUGAACGACGUGAUAAAGUUCAUUGCGGUUUACAUGGUGUUUCUGCUCGGAUUUGGUGUAGCCCUCGCAGCCUUGAUCGAAACUUGCCCCGAGGACAGCAAGUGCAGCAGCUACAGCACUCUGGGCAGUGUUUUGAUCGAGCUCUUCAAGCUCACGCUUGGGCUGGGCGACCUGGAGAUCCACGAGAACGCGACGUACCCGAUCCUCUUUCUCCUGCUCCUCAUCUCCUACGUCGUCCUGACCUUCGUCCUCCUCCUCAACAUGCUGAUCGCCUUGAUGGGCGAGACGGUGGAGGACAUAUCCAAGGAGAGCGAGCACAUCUGGAGGCUGCAGAGAGCAAGGACGAUCGUGGAGACAGAGAAACUUCUGCCAAAAUUCCUGCGGAGGAAAUUCCAACUUGGAGAAUGGUGCAAAGUGGCCGAAGGAGACACCCGGUUAUGCUUAAGGAUUAACGAAGUCAAAUGGACAGAAUGGAAAACACACGUAGCGUUCAUCAGUGAAGACCCAGGCCCCACAGAUUACAGCAGAAUGCAAGAAACGUCGAGGAGUAACAGCAAAAUCACACUGAAUACGAACGAGGAAAUAUACGACUUGCCCGAAACCUCUGUUUAGCCGCUCACCUGAUGAGGAGAGAAUGUGGAAGACGGCGCAAUGGCAGGAAUUCUGAGUAGCUUGGUGUUGCUGCCACCUUUCGCCGAAUUGGCCGUCCUGAGCGUGACUGGAGCGGCGUUCGGACCAAGGGCAGGAUGCCCGGCGGUUGCCUGAAUGGCGAGCAGGUGAGGGGAGCCAGUGUAGGAUGGGGGAGUAUGGGCUGUGGCGUGGAAAGGAACGUGCGACCGUUGCGGCGGGCGGAAGAAGGGGCCUCAAGGACAGACUGAGGCUCCGAGGGCACAUCUGCACGAGCGCCAGCGGUGAAGGGGGUGCUGGGCUUUGGCCACGGGUGCCCCGAGAGUGAAGAUGGGAAACCUGCGGCCGGGAGCCGCUCGGCCUCGCCUCCGCCCCGUUCUCCCCCACCCUGUGGCCACCUGGCCUCCGUCCCUGCCAGGAAGCGCCUCGGCUUUCGAAGAGUGCCAAACAAGGCUAAACAAAGGUUAAAGGUUGUGCCGAACACGUUUCGGGUUUGCCAGCGUGACACGGCGUCCGUCUCACUCCUUUUGGAAGAUUGGUUGAUUUGUCUGCUAUUCCCCGAGUCCCGGGGGCCUUCGAGACUUGUAUUCGUGGACCUGCAUCGCACUCACUGAAUGGGUGCGAACUAGAGCACAAGGAUGAAACCUUGUCCAGUCCUUUCCGAUUUCACAUUUCAGAAGCGGAACCACAGUGUGAAGCCUUCAGUGCUGGGCUGCUGCCGCCUUCCCAGACCUCUCCUUGUUUACUUGGACACCUGCAGCAGGCCGGCUUAUUUAUUUAUUUAUUAGAUUUACAGCCCGCCUUUUUUCUUACAAAGAAGCCAGAGCGGCUUACAUCAGGCUCCUCCUCCUCCUCCCAAUCUUAGCUCCACGACAAAGACCCUGGGAGGCAGGCUGGGCUGAGAGUCUGUGACUGGCCCAGUCACCCACUCGGCUCCGUGGCUGAGCAGGGACUCGAACUCGGAUCAGCCAAGUCCCAGUCCCGUGUUCUUAUCCAUGACACCACGCCGGUUCUCAGAUGACAGGGUGGCAGAGGAAAGGGGUGGGAAAAGGACAGCCACGCCAUUACAGAAGAUUUGAAAGGCACAGACCUUUUCUUCUGAAGGGGAAAUGUGCAUUUAUAAUAGCCUGGUUUGCAUAUAACACUAAGCUGUGAUAUCGUUUGCUGAGGAUGGCUUGUCAUUUUGUCUAAGCGCAGACGUGCAAACAAACCAUUGUUUCUUAGCCAGGUAUAAACCACAAGUAGAACUUUGAUCAGUUGUUGGACUAACAAGUUUGGCUUCCGGAAAUCAAAAUUGCUCUAAAGUCUUCCAAAAUGAGCAGAAGAAAAAACAAGCCAGUAAUAGGGGAAACAAGCAAUGGGUUGUUUACUUAUCUGCAAGACAAUUCUUGGCUAAAACUAUAAACCACAGUUAACAGAAACCAUGUUUUAGUGUUAUGUGCAAACAGAGCCAUUGUACACACAGUAUUUAUUUAGAUAUUCCUGCAGAAUGUGUAUUCUGUAUAGCCUUGGAUCCUGAGAGAAUGUCUGUUUCUUUUUGUUGAUGUUUUGAAAUGGUACCAAGAGAUGCCUUCAAAUAUUAUUUUAUACAUCCAAACCUCCCUGCAAAAUUCUGUAAUGGGCCAGGUUUCUGGAAGUCUUUUAUAUCAGUUUAUUUCUUUGUAGAUAGAUACUCUCUCUGCUUUCUGGUCGGCACUCUGGGGUGGGGCCUAAUAAUAGCCGUGCAGGAGAAGUUUUCCAAAAGAAAGAAAAGAGAAGAAUUAAAGCAAUAUUUACUUUGAAUGUAUGGACGUUUUUCUGUUCGAUGUUUUAAAGAAGCAUUUACUGCAAAUACGAGAAAUAAAAUAACUUUCUAGA